UUCGUAUGCAUCGAUGUUGUGUGUGUUCAUGAAGUCAGCCCAGUUAAUAUUGACAAUAGGGAGGAAGGCGAUCGGCCGAAAUCGCAAAGACUGAGAAAGGAGAGAAAAGCGGAAAAGACGGGGACGCCCUGCAAGUAGCACAAUCCGCGACAAGACGGGAAAUGCAAUCCGUUUCGGCCUAUCGCUGUGUAUGAGUGUAUUAUGAUCUAUGGGACUCGAAGGAUUAUUUCGUUAGCAAGCAAGCUAAAGGGUGCUCGGGGUCCGUGUGUCUGAGGAAGGCCGGAGUACCUCGCCGGUGUUAUCUGCGCACUGCCCGGCCGUACCGGCUCGUCGGAGAAAGACGGAAAGCGCCAGCGUGCAGAUACUGUGUAACAGGAUCACUCCUUACCGCCGUAUCCUCUGCGAAACAUAGAGGAAGAAGCAGGGCUAUGUCCUCAGCAGCCACCACGCCCCCAUCGGUGGACAAAGUGGAUGGAUUUUCUCGGAAGUCUGUCAGGAAGGCCAAGCAGAAGCGCUCACAGAGUUCCUCUCAGUUCCGAUCUCAGGGCAAACCCAUUGAGCUUACUCCGCUGCCCCUGCUGAAAGACGUUCCGGCGUUGGAGCAGCCGGAGCUGUUCCUGAAGAAGCUGCAGCAGUGCUGUACGAUCUUCGAUUUCAUGGAUACGCUGUCGGACCUUAAGAUGAAGGAGUACAAGCGCUCCACCCUUAAUGAGCUGGUGGACUACGUCACAGUCAGCCGGGGCUACCUGACGGAGCAGGCUUACCCAGAGGUGGUCAGAAUGGUGUCCCACAAUAUUUUCCGGACCCUUCCUCCCAGUGACAGUAAUGAAUUUGACCCCGAAGAGGACGAGCCGACGCUCGAGGCAUCGUGGCCACACUUGCAGCUUGUAUAUGAGUUCUUCAUUCGCUUCUUGGAGAGUCAAGAAUUCCAGCCCAGCAUUGCCAAAAAAUAUAUAGACCAGAAAUUUGUAUUACAGCUCCUGGAGCUCUUUGACAGUGAGGACCCCCGGGAGAGAGACUACCUGAAGACAGUCUUACACAGAAUUUACGGGAAGUUCCUGGGACUGCGGGCUUUUAUACGAAAACAGAUUAACAAUAUUUUUCUACGUUUUGUGUAUGAAACUGAGCACUUCAAUGGGGUGGCGGAGCUGCUGGAGAUCCUGGGCAGCAUCAUCAACGGCUUCGCCCUUCCCCUCAAAGCAGAGCACAAGCAGUUCCUGGUCAAGGUGUUGAUCCCGCUGCACACCGUCCGGAGCCUGUCGCUCUUCCAUGCACAGUUGGCCUAUUGCAUCGUACAGUUUCUGGAGAAGGACCCAGCACUAACAGAGCCGGUUAUCAGAGGUUUGCUAAAGUUCUGGCCAAAAACAUGCAGUCAAAAAGAGGUGAUGUUCCUCGGCGAGCUUGAAGAGAUCCUGGAUGUGAUUGAGCCCACACAGUUUGUCAAGAUUCAGGAGCCUCUCUUCAAGCAGAUCUCCAGAUGUGUCUCAAGUCCACACUUCCAGGUUGCUGAGAGGGCCCUGUACUACUGGAACAACGAGUACAUCAUGAGUCUGAUCGAGGAGAACUCGGCUAUGAUUCUGCCCAUCAUGUUUGCCAGCUUGUACCGCAUUUCCAAAGAGCACUGGAACCCGGCUAUAGUAGCCCUCGUCUACAACGUGCUCAAAGCGUUCAUGGAGAUGAACAGCCUGCUGUUUGACGAGCUCACGGCUUCCUACAAGUCUGAACGUCAGCGCGAGAAGAAGAGGGAGAAGGAUCGAGAGGAGCUGUGGAGGAAGCUGGAGGACCUGGAGCUGAAGAAGGGCGUCCAGAGCGACGGCAUCAUACCCACUUAACAGCGGCGGGUGCUGUGCUGUGCAAUGGUUAGCCCCCCCUACUCUGCCCGCCCCCAGGCAGGUGGAGGACACCCCCCCCAUCGUGCGACUUACUUUAUGGUAGAUCCAAACAUCAGUUUCAUUAUUUCAGCCACAGUGUAAAUAACUUUUGUCCUCUUUUUUUUUUUUUUCCUCCCUCUUAAAAAUAUUAUGCUAAACGAAAGACGUAAAAGGACAAAACACGUAACAAACGGAAAAGUUUUGUGGCAAAAACAGACUUUGGACUGUAGAAUUUGAACUUUUUUUCUGUAAAGGAAAAAAAACCACAAAAAUUAUUUUAGUAAGCUCAGCCCCAACCCUCCAAAAAAAAAAAUUCUUGCACCAGCCCCCUCUGCUCUGAUGAGCACCUUGUACAUUUACCUCAUUUGGGAACUGGGACCCCCUGGCUCCAGAGGGCACAGGUGUGGGCCAGAUGGGGCGUGUCCUACACCCUUGGACACACCCACUCCUAGGACUCCUCCCUCUCUCCUUCCUCCAGCAUGAAAGAUCUGCUGCCAGGUUCUCUACUUCUUAGCAGAGCAGGACCCAUAACAGGAAGAUGGUUCUUCACCCAGAGGACAUCAUAGCUCAAGAACCAGGUCCCAGGGGGACCUCAGGAGGAACAGAGAAAACCAAAAAUGAAAGUUAAAAUUCAUCUAAAGAACUUUUGUUUUCUGUCUUCACUUCAAUUUUUUGAGUUACAUCACUGGAGAUCUGCCAGCUGUGUGUUCCUGUGGGUUUGUCAGCAUGGUCUGCAGGCUCUGCUGCUUCCAGGCCGUCAGUAACCUGUGAAGUUGACCUUUGCAGGUGGAACGGUGACCUGCAGCCCUUUGAGGUUCUGGGUUCCUCUGGGGAACCUCGAGUAUUGAGGGGUGGAACGCUCCAUAUCUCGGUUUUCCAUAGUAUUAAGAUUCUAUAAAAUGUUAUUAAAUGCAGUACACUGAUAUCUUUUCUCUUAACAAUUUAGACUAUAUUUUAAUAAGAACAGUUCAUAAGAGGUGAAACGAAAGGAGCCCUCCUGGUAUUCUCGCUGUUAUUUUUUUACCUUUUUAAAGGGUGGGGGUGUGGUUGAGGGAGGGGCUCAGCUCGGCGGGGUCAGAGAGCUGCCGGAGAACUCCAUGUUGGAUCCACUGUACUGUUCGCAUUGAGCCCUUUCACAUUCAUUGAGUGCUUAAGGAUGGGCCAGGUAUGAGAGCAUCAUUUAAAAAGGGUUGGAUAAAUAAGGAAAAAAAUGUCUAAUUAUUUUAAAAAUAAAGAAAUAUUAAAUUAAACUUGUUUUGUGAUAAACCA